AUGGUCGCUCCUCCUUCCCGCCCUUUCCACUGGCCGGGCGGCGUCCCACCUGAGAUCAAAGCAAAUGCCAACGAUGUCACAAUCCAACAGGCCAACGAAGAGGCCAAAGGAUGGUUGUUGUUUGUAGAGGAACAAUGGGUCUCCCGUGUGAAUGCCAAUGUCUCCGACGACGAUGGAGAUUACGAAGUGCGCCAACGCCGGGCCCUAGUGGAGAGCUGGGCAAAAGCCAGCCAAGAAUUCCGCGAUUCUUAUCACCAGCGAGCCCCAGCAAGGAACGCAAUGGACUAUCCAUCUGAUGCUGUACGUGAUUCUCAUCUUUACUACGACACGCCCAGCUUUGUCUGCCUCCCACCGCUGGGCCCGUCAUUCCCGUCCAACCAAUCCAAGUGGAUAAAGCUCUAUAUUCUCUCCUGCCGUCUGGACGGAGAGAUGGAUCAUUGUAUGCAAAGCCAUGGCGCAAGACACGGCAGCCUUGAUCCCAACCCGGCGACCCUCUCCGACCCAACCAAAGUGCACAUCACCGAUGUUCUUCCAAGAGCCUUUCUCGAAAUGGCUAAUUUCGCGCACUUGACCAUGACCCGCCAAGGGACGGUGCUUUACAUGGGAUUUCUGUGGCACUGGUUCCUGGUAACCGAGGAUGAUCUGAACACCGGCCACAUCACUGUCGUGGAUUUCAAGCGCAAUGGCCAGAUUGAUCAGUGCCUUCGUCGACGGGCUUGCAACAUGUGGCCUGUGUAUUUGGACCUCUUUACCGGUAAUAGACCUCUUGUACACGUGAUCGAUGAUCGGGUUGGGGGCUCUCAACGGAUGAAUUCGGACUUGGAUAUGAACCUGCCGGUAAUCGAUAUCCUGGAAGGAGCUAAGGCACGGGGCGAGUUUCUUGAUCGAUUUGAUGGGGCGAGAGAUGGGUGGACAGAGGAUAUUGAGAUUUAUGCACCGGGGUAUCUAGAGAUGGAGGCCGCGGGUCAUGAAGCAGAAUAUGAUCACGCACGAUUGAUUGACCCUGAAGAUGCAUAUGACAUCCGAUCAGCCCUCUACCGGGAGCAAAUCCUGAAUGGGAGUUAG